AUGGCGAAGUCAAAGAACUCCUCGCAGCACAACCAGCAGCGCAAGGCGCACAAGAACGGUAUCACGAAGCCCAAGACUUCGCGUUACCCGUCCUUCAAGGGUGUCGACCCCAAGUUCCGUCGCAACCACCGCCAUGCUCUUCACGGCAACAUGAAGGCCCUGAAGGAGGCUAGGGAGGGUAAACGCGAUACCGUAUAA